AACGUCACUGCCACGUCUUGACACUGCAGGCGCGCUUGUUCCAGUGAGUGUUCCAAGUUCUACAAGUUUUUAACAACUAUCUUUUCAAAACUUAUAAUUUUUUGCUGAUAUCAGUUCUGAAAUGUUCCUGGCUUGUUUGAGCUGGUUUUGCACCUCGCUGCUAGUGUUCGUCAGUGGAGGGAAACUUCCAGAGGCCGAGGUAAAAAUCACAGUUCUGCACAAACCUUUCCUCUGUCAUCGCAAGUCGAAGUACGGAGACAUUCUGCUGGUACACCAUGAAGGAUAUCUUCAAAAUGGAACAAAGUUUCAUUCCAGGUUAGUUUGUUAUGAAAACAACAAUUGAAGGAAGGGUUUCCUGAACCUAUAAACAGUUUUAAACAGUCAAAUACAUGUUUGUGCGUGUGUCCAGCUACACCCAGGGAGACAAGCAGCCUGUCUGGUUCACUCUGGGUAUUAAAGAGGCGAUCAAGGGAUGGGAUAAGGGUCUGCAGGGGAUGUGUGCUGGAGAGAAGAGACGCCUCAUAGUACCUCCUGCCCUCGCUUACGGCAAGGAGGGGAAAGGUAGGCGACGCGCACGGCAGGUGUUGCCACUUGCCGCUGCACUAAACUGUCACUUCACUCACUCACACCCACCACCACUGUAAUGUACAUAUAAUAACAUAACACACACAGAUGGCACUAAUUAACUUCAUCUCUCUCCUCUACGGCGUCGUCGUAGGGUAGAAACGUUGAAUGAAGGUUGUGCUACUAACUAAUGCUCUGUGACGUCUUCCCAGCGUGGCGCAUGUGAACUAUGCUGUGCUUUGCCCUGGUAAGCACUCCCACAACCUAACCCUCACCUACUUCUAAUAGCCUACAUCACUUUUCUUUUAUUUCAAGAAUGUUCCAGUGUUGGCACAUCCUUAUUAGUCUCAGGGUGUUUUCACAUAGAGUCCUCUUUUAAAAGAACCCAUCUAAGUCCUCUUUUAAAAGAACCCAUCUCAGUCCUCUUUUAAAAGAACCCAUCUCGGUCCUCUUUUAAAAGAACCCAUCUCGGUCCUCUUUUAAAAGAACCCAUCUCGGUCCUCUUUUAAAAGAACCCAUCUCAGUCCUCUUUUAAAAGAACCCAUCUCAGUCCUCUUUUAAAAGAACCCAUCUCAGUCCUCUUUUAAAAGAACCCAUCUCAGUCCUCUUUUAAAAGAACCCAUCUCAGUCCUCUUUAAAGUGAACUCUGGGGUAAAAAAAUAAAUUUAAAAAAGCUAAAGAACUCGGUCCUCUGUGUUCACACUGCCCUUGCCUUUGAAGGAGGACUCAACUCUUUUGCCGGUUCACUUCACCUAUUUUGUGGUCCGUGUCCUCUUUGCAUUCACAUUGCUAUGUUUAGAAAAGGAACCAAGAUAUUUUUCCAACAUUCCCUCAAUGCACUCUGGGUUUUUACAAAGUGCUGGACAAAGCCAUUCCAUCAGAAGGCGUUAUCGGACAGCUAGAUAGAUAUACAGUAACUACUUACACUUCGGAGCUAAUAGAUUACAUUUAGUUAAAACACGAGGCAUAAUAAUUGUAAUCAGAAGAUACUAUUAACAUGUAAAUAUUAUUUGUAACUGUAAAUAAAUAGCAGAAGAAUAACUGCAGAUUUAAAUAAUGCUGUCGUUGAAAAUUGUACACCCAAUGUAGGUUACUGCCCCUUUAAUGGCUAGAAUUGAUUUUAUAGCCUACCCUAUGUUGUGGUUCUCACCAAAUAUGUUGUUGUCUUCUCACACUAUUUAAACCCAACAAUGGAAUAAAUAAAGCUCUCUUAGCCUAUAGUUCACACAUUGCAAAAAAAUAUUCGGAAUUAAAAACAGCAUAUGUUUUUUCCGCAAACCUGCACAUCAUCAUAUUUUCUCUUUUUUUGGCACCAAUGUGAGGGGAUAUGGCAGUAGUCUAGUGUGAGGGGUUAUGGCAGUAGUCUAGUGUGAGGGGUUAUGGCAGGGGGGGGGUAGGAGUAGUCCUAGUGUGAGGGGUUAUGGCAGUAGUCUAGUGUGAGGGUUAUGGCAGUAGUCCUAGUGUGAGGGGUUAUGGCAUAGUCUAGUGUGAGGGGUUAUGGCAGUAGUCUAGUUGUGAGGGGUUAUGGCCAGUAGUCUAGUGUGAGGGUUAUGGCAGUAGUCUAGUGAAGGGUUAUGGCAGUAGUCUAGUGGUGAGGGGUUAUGGCAUUAGUCUAGUGUGAGGGGUUUAUGGCAGUAGUCUAGUGUGAGGGGUUAUGGCAGUAGUCUAGUGUGAGGGGUCAUGGCAGUAGUCUAGUGUGAGGGGUUAUGGCAGUAGUCUAGUGUGAGGGGUUAUGGCAGGGGAAACAGUGUUGCAGUAGUCUAGUGUGAGGGGUUAUGGCAGUAGUCUCGUGUGAGGGGUUAUGACAGGGGAAACAAACCUAUUGAGAUGGUCUCAGUUCGGUUCGCUUCGGGGUCUCUUGUGUGGGGUCUGAGUUCAAAGAUUGUCUGAAUGGACGAAGUGUGAAAACACCCUUACAUGCUUCCUCUCCUUGUCUGCUUUCCUUGGUCCACUUUUACUGGUUAGCUGAAAGCACAGUCCUGGGAGGCAUCAGACAUAAUGCUUUCAGCUAUACCUUCUUUUAGAACUGAGUCCCGGCCUAGCAUUCCCGUGACCUAUGACCCUGAUGUUGUGACCCCUCACCCCUGAGCUCUGUCCUCAGGUAAGAUCCCACCAGAGAGCACCCUGACCUUUAACAUCGAGGUGAUGGAGAUCAGGAACGGACCCAGGUCACAUGAGUCCUUCCAGGAAAUGGACCUUAACGAUGACUGGAAACUCUCCAAGGACGAGGUGAGAACACAAACACACUAACAACACACACUAACAAACAACACACAGUAACAUUAUGCUGUCUCUCAUACUUCAAACAGGUAAGUGGAUCCUCUUCUCUGUCACACACACAUACUGUUUUUUCACCAGGUGAAGGGAUUCUCUCUCUCUCUCUCUCGUUCUCUCACACAGACGCACACCUUACUGUAUGUUCUGACUGCAUGCCUCCCUUUCCUCCCAGGUGAAGGAGUACCUGAGGAAGGAGUUUCAGCGCCAUGGCUACCCUCCCAACGACACCCAUCAUGAGCAGAUGGUGGAGGACAUCUUUAAGAAGGAGGAUGAGAAUGAGGACGGCUUCAUCUCCUCUAGAGAGUUCACCUACAAACACGAUGAACUUUAACCUCUGACCUAGUCCCCUAUACUUAUGGAACAAGAGUUUUUCCUGGUCAGGUCAAACUUGAGACCCUACUUAGGCCUAUAUCCGUUCAGGGUAAAAGUUGCCCUUAGGCACAGAUCUAGGAUCAGUUU